AUGGAGCCCGUCGACGACCGGCAGAGGCCGGCGAGCCACCACCAAGAUGCCGCUCGAGGCGCCCCGACAAUGUCACUACCCGCCCAGCUUCGCAUCGGCGAGGAUGGCUCGGACGCUCUCGUGACCGACGGCUUCAUCAUGCCGCACCUUGGCUCGCCCGCCGACACGCCUCCUGCCUACGGUGCCCACCACGACCAUGUCCAGUUCUCCCAGCCUGGAUUCGAGGCUGGCGCCGCCGUCACCACCGAUGGCCGUGUCAACAUCAAUAUCAACACCAAGAACAGGAGGCUGGCUGAUCUCCUCACGCCCACUCUGGACAGCCAACUCUCGGUCGAGCCCCAGCCCUCGUCCGCUCUUCCGUACCUGCCUCCCGGGCUCGGGCCCGAGUCUGGCACGGAGCAUAUUCCGCCGCCCCUCAACGUCGUCAUCCAGAUUGUCGGCUCCCGCGGCGACAUCCAGCCCUUUGUCGCUCUCGGCAAGGUGCUCAAGAACGACUACGGCCAUCGCGUCCGCAUCGCAACCCAUGCAACCUUUCAGGACUUCGUCCUCGAGAAUGAACUCGAGUUCUUCAACAUUGGCGGCGACCCUGCCGAGCUCAUGGCCUUCAUGGUCAAGCACCCCGGCCUCAUGCCCGGAAUCGACGCUCUCAAGAGCGGCGAGAUCAGCAAGCGGCGCAGGGGUAUCCAGGAGAUGCUGCUCGGCUGCUGGAGGUCCUGCAUCGAGCCCGACGAGACUCAGGAGCCCUUUAUCGCCGAUGCCAUCAUUGCCAAUCCUCCGAGCUUUGCGCACAUCCACAUCGCCGAGAAGCUGGGCAUUCCGCUGCACAUGAUGUUCACCAUGCCGUGGUCUCCCACGAGAGCCUUCCCUCACCCCCUUGCCAACGUCCAGUCGUCCAACGCCGAUGAUGGCCUGGGCGAUGUUAUCAAUCGGUUCCGAGAAAAGGCACUCGACCUUCCUCCCCUCUCCUUCAUCUGGGCGCCAGGCCUGCUCACCCGGCUCAAAGUGCCUUACACCUAUUGCUGGUCCCCAACCCUGAUCCCCAAGCCAAACGACUGGGGCAAGAACAUCGACAUCUCGGGCUUCUACUUUCUCAACCUGGCCUCUUCCUUCACGCCUGACCCCGCGCUGGCAGCCUUUCUGGAGGCUGGUCCGCCACCCGUCUACAUCGGCUUCGGCUCCAUAGUGGUCGACGACCCCAACGCAAUGACUCGCAUGAUUUUCGACGCUAUACACCUGUCUGGCGUCAGGGCUCUCGUUUCCAAGGGUUGGGGCGGCCUGGGAGCCGAUGACGUUGGCUUGCCCGAGGGUGUUCACAUGCUCGGCAACGUCCCGCAUGACUGGCUGUUCGAACGUGUUUCGUGUGUCGUCCAUCAUGGCGGAGCGGGCACCACCGCUGCCGGGAUCAAGGCGGGCAAGCCCACGUUUGUGGUUCCCUUCUUUGGCGAUCAACCAUUUUGGGGUGCCAUGAUAGCGAGAGCCAAGGCCGGUCCGGAGCCGAUACGUUACAAGGACCUAACAGCCGAGAAGCUGGCCGAGGCUCUCCGGAUCUGCCUUCAGCCUGGCACGCAGGAACAAGCCAAGGAGCUCGGCCGAAAGAUCCGCCAAGAGCACGGCACCCAAGCCGGAGACAAGGCGGCAGCGUGGCGAGUCCGGAGGUCCAUGGUCCGGCUCUCCCCCCUCGCGGUGGCGGUGCUCGUGAGCGAGGGGCUGCUCGAGUACACAGACGUCAAGCUAUACCGGCCAUACGAGUAUAACACAGAGGAUCAGCCUCCCGAUCCAAUCUCGGCAGGUGCCUGCUCACUUGUCGGGGAUCUCAGCAGCAUCGGAAUGGCCAUUGCCGAUAUGCCGCGUCAAAUGGUCAGGUCAGGCCAGCGGGUGGGCAAGGAGAGCCAGAACAAACCCCCACCCCUACUACUCGGAAGCACCAGCAAGCAGAGCCUUGUCUCCGCGGAUAAGGUCUCAAAGGUAGAUCAUGAUCCCCCCUCCCCCCCUGGCACGUCGCAAUUGCCAUUGGUAGAUCUGUCGGCCACGGUGACGUCGGGCAGUGAGGACUCGAGCCCACUGGGUGUCAGCGUGGGGGCUGCAGUUGGAGCUGGGAGAAACGUUGGGCGUGCCGUAUCCACUGGCGUCAAGUCACCCAUGAACUUUUGCCUGGGACUGGCCAAAGGAUUCAGGAACGUGCCGAGGCUUUACAACGACGACACCAUCCGGCCCGUCGAAAAGGUCACGGACCUGAGCAGCGGCAUAAGAAUUGCCGGCAAGGAACUUGGAUACGGCUUCUUCGAUGGCAUCGCGGGACUCGUGACACAGCCGAUUCGGGGUGCUGGGAAGGAGGGUGCCGGAGGCUUCGUCAAGGGGUUCGGCAAGGGUAUCGGGGGCUUGAUCACGAAGCCUGCCGCUGGAAUUUGGGGCGUUCCGGCGUACAUGAUGCAGGGCGUCCAUGCACAAGUCUCCAAGCUGUUUACUAGGAGCGUCCAGAACUACAUCAUGACCUCAAGGGCCAUUCAGGGGCAACAAGACCUCGGCAGGGUAUCCAUCGCAGAGAAGGGCGACAUGAUUAGACGCUGGGAUGACUUGAAAUUUGACCUCAAGAACUUUUACAUGAUGAAACGCAAGGAAAAGGUGGCGGGCAAGGUGGUCGCAGCACAGGAGGGACAAAACGGAGCACCGGAGUCACCGUUUUCGCGCCCCAAGACGAGCUGGAUUCACACUCGUCACCUUGCUUCGGAAGAGAGGAAGAAGCUCCAGGCUCAGAAGGAGCUCCUAAAGAAGGGCUAUGUCGACGUGCCGGUACCGCUAACGUCGAGCAGCGGCUCAAGCACGCGGCCGAGCCUGUCCGAGGACGCCGAGUACGAGCAGGCCAUCCAAGCUUCGGUUCGGGAGACUUCGCGUGGCAAUGCCGAGGAGGAUGCCAUGAUUGAGGCGGCCAUCCGUGAGAGUGUCUGUGCGAUGCGGCAGCAUGGUGGCCUGCCGGAGCCAAUUCCGGAGGAUCCAGAGAAGAACACCACCAUCUUUGAGAGCGAGGAGUUCCAGAUCACCGACGAGGAGUACCAGGCGCUUAUCGAGCAAGCUAUCCAGCAGAGCAUGGCCAAUCACAUGGCCCACGCAUCCCUUGGGCACGAGGAUGGAUUCGUGGAGCUCGAUGCGGUGUCGACCAGGCGAUCAGCCGACAGUGCAUCGGCGCCUACGCACUACUCAACUCACGAGGCCGAUGCCGACGCCGAGCUGCAGCGAGCGAUUGAGGAAUCGAAAAAGCAUUCAACUCCGCCGCCCCGGAGUGGCGACGAGGGCGAUGAGGAAGAGCUCCAACGCGCCAUUGCAGCAUCGAAGGAGGAGAUGGAGCGGGAAGCGACGCAGCGCACGGAGGAGGAUAUUGUGCUAGACUUUGUGAAGAAGCAGAGCUUGGCCGAGGAGGAAUACCGGCAGCAGAUGGGCAAGGGCAAAGGAAAGGCGCCCGAGGCGGCGGGGAAGGAUGACGAAGAGGAUGAGGAGCUCAGGAGAGCACUGGAGGAGAGCCUGAAGAUGCAAGAGGGCGCGGCGAGCUCGAGGGCGCCAGAGGAUGGCAACGGGGGGCCAUCGGGCUCGAGGGCGCCCCAGGGACACGAUGAAACGAAUCAUGGAUAG